AUGGCCCCUCCCCGGCCGGCUGCGCUCUGCCCGGACCCCCGCCCCCUGCUCGGCGCUAGCCCCGGGGUCCCUCGCCCCGCACUCGCCCGGGCUCACCGCGGGGCUCGGAAACCGGCUGGAGCGAGCGAGCGAGCGAGCGAGCGAGGAGGCGGGCGCGGGUGGGAGGAGCAGCCGGCAAAUCUAGGAGCCGGCAGAGCGAGCGCCGGGGAGGCAGCGAGGCGGCGGGCGGGCGAGCGCUCCUUCCUCCGGCUCCGCUCGCGCUCUCGCCCUCGGGCGGCGGCGACCCACUCUCUUCCGAACUGCGGCGCGGAGAGCAGGGGCCCCGAGUCGCUCUCCCAGCGGUGCGCGCCCUUGAUCGCACGAGACGCCGCCUCGGGAGCUCCAGACUGUGCGCUCUACAAAUAUUUACCGAGUGCCCACGGGGUGCCCAGCGCCGGGCGGGACGCCGCGGGGAUGCGGAGGGAGGAAUCCGAGCCGGCCCUGCCCUCUGGGGACGCGGAGUCCGGCCAGGGAGGAGGCCUGAGCGGGACCGCCACGCUGACCCCUGUGCGCCUCCCAGCGCUUAGCGCCAGCCUUCGCUCUUGA